AUGCCGAGUGCCGAAACCCCCGGCCACCGCAAGUCAGAAGAACGAGGCUGGGCCCGCGAACUUAGAGAGACCUACUUCAGUGCCCUGAGCGCAAAAGGAGUAGCGGCAAAAAACGCAGGUUACCCUGCGAGCAAUCGUAAAGCUAACCAACAGAAUGACAAAAUGAAGAACCCAGUGAGCGCGACGGACAUCCAGGUGGGAGACAACACCCCGCCAGAAGAAGACAAUCAGUGCACCCUGCAUGAAAAAAAAAAAAUUUUCUUCGAAGUUUACAAAAAGUAUUAUUUCAUAGAAAUGACGGAGUAUCACAAGAGCAGGGAAAACUGCACCAACAAUUUUAUAAACUUCCUCGAGAGGAUAAGCGAGAAGAUGGUGGAGGCACUAAAGCACGGCUCCUACAAUAUUAAUAACUUGAAUAGGUUCUUCAAAGAAUUUGUGAAGAAUGAUACGAGCUACUACAAUAGGGGCGUUUCCGUGGGGGGAACCCCGCGGGUGAGUAAUUUAACCCAAAGUUUUUUAAACAUUCAAGAUGAGGAGUUGGCCAACGGGGAGGCCGCAAAUGUUGGCCGCGUGCAGGGGGAUAAUCCGCUGAGCAGCCACGCGAAUGGCUCCGUAGAGGAUUUGAAGAAGAAAAAGGGAAGCACAGCGUCUACAAUCGUGAGUGAGGGGAAGUCAAAGGGGAAGAAGAACAGCAAAGUGGAGUUAGAAGAAAAGAGGAGGAAGAAAUUGUCCAAGGAUGACGAAAUUGCAGGUACCUCCCAGGAGGAAACAAACGCCCCAGAUACACCCUUCCUGAAGAAGAACAACGGGAAGAGUGCCUCAAACAAAAUAAACGAAAUUGCAGAUAAUGUCAUCGAUGUGAACGCAGAAAUGUGCAACCUAAAUCACGGCAUUAUAGACGACUGGGUGCAGUACGGAUUUAUGAAUUAUAGAAAAAUUAUGAAUAGCAUGAAAAUAAGUAGCGAUGUUAUUGAUAGCAAAAUUAAUCAAAAAAUGUUAAUCAUAUUGAAGGAGAGCUACUUGAAGGAGCAAGAAAAUUUGGUAGAAGCAAUGAAGAAGAAAAAAAAUGAUUUCCUAAAACAAGUGGAGCUUUGUAAAAUUUAUUGGAAGUAUUUCGAAAAUAGCUAUUCCAAUUCGGAGAAAAUCAGGUCAGAUGGAAUUAAAGACAGUAAGAAGAUAAAAUGCUCUUGGUUAUGUCAAAGGAAGUACAUAAAAAAUGUCAAAGAUUUGCUAAAAAUACAAAAUGAAUACCUAGACAUUAUUACCUGCAGCGUGAAAACCUUCUUCCAAUUAAUCGAAUGGAAAAAAAACUCAAUUAGGGAUAUCCUCUGUUCUUAUAUUCUUCUUUAUAAAAGCUUUUUAAAUUUUUACCUAAACAAUAUGAACAUACUGUAUGACUCCAUUUUGCUGGAAAAAAAUGUAGAUGCAGCUCAGUUUCAGAACCUCUCCUCGGUGACCAUCAUUGAUGAGGAGGAUUUAAUCAAACAGGUUGCUCCCUUUCAGCUGAACGACAAUUGUGAUGGCAUUCCCCAGUUAAACAAGGCACUCAGCUUAAUAAAAUCAUCCAUCAUUUUCUAUAAUCACCAAAUUAAUGUCAAGUCGAUUCUCUGCAUUUUUUGUUCUACCAUCAAGGGGUACCUUACCAGUGUGGGGUUCUUCAACAAGUGCGUGGAGGGCGUUUUCGUCAUCACGUGGGACAAGUUCAUUCACUUCUUUGCCGACGCGGAGGAUGCCGCCCCGCAGUGGUCCUACUACAUGGAGGACAUCGAGUUUAAGCUGGUCAAGUGUAAGCCGGAUUCGAAAAGGAACUCGCUCGACACCGAAAAAAGAGAACCCGACGGGGGCGCAGAAGUGGUAGCGGCGGCGGCGACAGCGGCGAUAGCGGCUGCGGAGGGGGAGGGCGAGCCAAGCGCUACGCCUUCUGUGACCACCACCCCGAAUAACCAACGACAAAGGAACCAUUCGAACCAGUCAAAAGGUAAAAAGGGGAAGGAGAAAACGGGCGGAAAGGACUCCUCGUCUGUGCUCUCCGGAGCAGACACACUUAAAGUAACUUCCUCCACGAAGAAUGGAGAGCCCGACAUAGGUCUAAACCCCUCGAAGAAAGAAAUUCAGGACAACUGUUCCGCGACCCCGUCUACCAUCAACGACGAUGAUGAUGUAGAAAUCCAAAUGAAAGAAAAAAAAAAAACGCUGCUCAUCAGUGGAUGGUCCUUCACCUUCAAGUGCCCAACUAUGUACCUCACAAAUGUUUGUUACGAAUUGCUAAGCAAUCACCUGUGCUCCCAAUAUUUCGAGGAUGAAAAUUCCUUUGCAAAUUUCUCCAACAUUAUUGCCAAUGGGGAGGUAAAAAAUGACCUCCUCUUUAUCGAUGAAAUGGCCUCCUUUUACAACGCCCACAUGGAUGGAAUGUCUCAGGAUACAAAAGAUAAAGUCAUCGUAAAGAACAAACUUUUGAAAACGAAGAAUGAACGCUUCGCCAGGGAGCGCUUGUCCGUGUCGGAUCGGGACGACCUGGCUGGCUCCCUCAGAGGGAGAACUCCAAGCAGGACCAGCAAUAUCGAUGGUCAAAAAAAAAACAAAAAUUCUCACCCGGAAAAUCUGCUUUACGCAUUUCACAAGAAGAAAAAUGAGCUGCUGAAAAAUGUUAAAAUAGGUGACCAGGAAAGUGGCCCUACGGGAGAGCGGCAGGCAGAGGACAGGCACCACCCGGGGGGGGAGAAGCACCAUGGACAUGCUCAAGUGGGCGGGGAACACCAAAGCGACGCAGAGACGGAGGAGAGUAAGAAGAAAAUUUUGAACAGCAAGAAAAAAAGCCACAGCAGAUCUACCAGUUCGGGGAAGGCGAAGGUGCAAAAUAAGUGA